UCUUCUUCACACAAAGUGGCUGACAGACGACCCCUGAAGAGGCUAAAAUGUGAAAAAAACAGUCUAGUAAAAUCAGAACUAGAAGGACUUACAUGUGGAAGUGGAAACCUUGCUGCGUUGGGGGAAACACCUAAAACAUCUGAUGGGAAUCAACAUUCAGAAGAUCCAGGAGACUGCAAUAUAAUUCAACAGGAAAAAGGUGAAAGCAUUUCAGAGACUAAUGAAGACAAACAGAAAAAGGAGCACACCGCUUCUCUCCAGCCGUGUGCAGUGACAUCAAGCAGUGCCCCAUCAAAAAUGGACAGUGAUGAAAACCUGCAGAGUCACGUCUGCAGUGACGAAGAGAGCAGCUGUGAGAGUGUGCUUUCAGAUGGCUCCAGCUUGGAGGAUAAAGACCUCCCAAAGAAGCCGACACAACUAGACCAUAGUGCGUUCUUGGAUGAAGACAGCAACCAGCCAAUGCCAGUGGACCGGUUCUUUGGAGAUGUCGAGUUUAUACAGGAUCUCCCAGCAGUUGCAUUUCCAAGGACAGCGAUGAGCAGGCGAGAAUUCAGAAAGCUGCAUUUCAUUGCAAAGGAAGAUGAGGAGGAGGAGGAAGAGGAUGUUGUCUAA